UCAAUAAAUCCCAAAUUUUUGUGUAGCUUGUCACAUUAAAGAUAGCUCAGACAAAUAAUUAUUGAAAAGUCAAGCUAACAAAAUGAGGAAAGUUUGUUGGGCCUCAACUAAUUUUACUUCUUUUCUCUGUUUACUUGUUUAUAUACCUUUCUUGUUAUCUUUACUCAUUUUAAGGGAUCUGCUUUAAAAGUAUCUCUUUUUCUUAUGACACUAUCUAUUUGGUAAUCAUUCAUAUUCAUCUUUGAUUUGAGAUAGACAAAAUGUCACAAGUUCCCCUACUAUUUAAGUCAAGUAACUCAUUUUGUCAAUAUAUUCCAAAACUCUUCUUCACUUUCAAAAACACUGUCAUCAAGAUAGAAAGUUAAUGGAGAACCUGUCAUCAAGAUGUGCAUAGAAUAGACCAAGAAAUGUCCAAAGAAAAAAACUCCAAGCACAAUCCAUCAAAUCUAGUUGCCAAAUUAAUGGGGCUUGAAACCCUUCCAAAGGGAGAGCCUAAUUUAUCGAAAGAUUAUUCUCAAGAUAUUUAUGGUCAUCUAGGGUGGCCAUUGAAACAUCGAAAGGUGGAAGAUAGGUUUAUGAUGUGUAAUAAGGAAGUUCAUCAUUCAAGCGCGGAACAGAUUGGUUACAGAGAUGGAUAUGAAACAUGGCUGCAAUCGCAUAGAGGAAGGUGGAGGGAAGAUUUUGAUGAGGGAAAAAUGGCUCUUGUUCAUCAGAAAUUCAUCGAGGCGAAGAAUAUGUCGACACACGAGGCGCUGCGCCAGUCCAAGCAAUUUGAAGAUGCAUUGGAUAUUUUAAGCUCAAACAAUGAUCUCUUGGUCAGGUUUUUGGAUUCGCAAAAGCUUUAUCAACUUCCCUCUACUCCAUCUGACGAUGCAAAUCGCAUUACCCUUAUCAAACCUUUGAAGAUGUUUGGAAAUGACAAAUCUUGUGGAAAGAGUAAGAAGAAUGAUAGAUUGAUUAAGAAACCAGCAAAUUCUGAUCAAACAAAUGUAAGGGAGAAUAUUAAUCGUGGAUACUCUCAGGAUUCUACUCGAAUAGUGGUAUUGAAGCCUAGUCCUGGAAGGACUCAUAUGGUUUCUCCGAGAACUCAAUCACCUCAAAGUUUCUAUCAGGGAAAUGGAAAUGAUGAAGUACUCGAGUCCAUAAAAGUGUCGAAAGAGAUGACAUUGCAAAUGCAUCCAAAUGAUAAAACUUUACAUUCUUCAGUAUUUUCCAGUGGCUAUUCAAGUGAUGAGAGCUUUGACAAAUCUUAUCAUGAUUUGGAAGCUAUGUCGCCAAUGCCAAGACAUUCAUGGGAUUGCAUCAUCAAUGUAUGUGGAAGUCCUUAUUCUACACAAUCCUUGGGUCGUGCAACGUGUUCUCCCGAGUCAUUGGUGUGCAUAGAGGCAAAGAAACGGCUUUCCGAAAGAUGGAACGUUAUAACAUCUGUUGAAAAAGGUCAUCAAGAACAUAGCUGUGUGACAGGAAACUCUACUCUCGGUGAAAUGCUUUCUCUUUCCCUCGUAAAAAAAUCAGUAACAUCUGAGGUUGAAAGUGCGAAUAAACACCAAGAAGAACCAAGCAAAUCUGUUUCUUGCAGUCAAUCUUUCAAUGAAGAAAUGAGCAUAGAUGAUUCUCCUCAAAAUGUUUCUCUGUCAAAUUCUGUUCCUGCAUCUUCUACUGUCUAUGAACCUGACCUCAGCGUUGACGCUGACAAAGAACAUGGCUCCAAGGUGGUGGCAAAGUCAAAGCGUAAGAGAUCAUCAUUUAAAGGGAAGGUUGCAAGUUUCUUGUUUUCAAUGAGUAAAAAAUCAACCAAGAAAAAAUCUAGCACAUCUCAACCAAAAGACGAAUUCGAAUCGGCUGUCACCGAAACAUCGAUACCGCAAGCAAAUUCACCUGGAGUCCUCGGAGAUAAUGUGUCUCAAAGCUUUAAUGUUGGUGAAUUUGAAGAAUCUCUUGCAGCUAAAUGUGAAUCAUUAGGCAAAACUUCAACAGAUUCAGUCUCUAGUGAACAAGAAGACAUGAUUACACUAGAGCCUGGAUCAAGUGAGUCAAAGCUUGUGGUGCUAGAGGUUUCAACUGAUAAACAGGAUCAGCCUAGUUCAAUCUCAGUGUUAGAAUCUACAUUUGAAGAUUACAAUACAGCUCAUGAGUCCUUGCAAUGCAUGAAAAGUGCUCACAUGGAAUCUCCGGAGCCUCUGAAGUCCAAUUUGAUUGACAAAUCACCACCUAUAGAAUCAGUAGCUAGGACCCUAUCAUGGGAUGAUGAUUCUUGUGGAGAGUUAACAAGUCAUUAUUAUAAUCCAUUGAAACCUCUAAGAACUUCUUCCUUAGAGACCAAGUUAGAGGAACAUGAAUGGCUUCUCUUGGUCCAAAAGCUAUUAUCAGUAUCUGGACUUGAUGAUGAUGAUGAUCAAGAACAACAACAGUAUGAGUCAUUUCACACAAGAUUUCACUCCCUUGAAAGCCCAUUGGACCCAUCAUUGAGGGACACAUAUGCCAACAUAAAUGACAACAAGGACAAUACUCAGCCUCUUAAUGAGGCUAAGAGAAGGAAAAUGAGAUCAAAUAAAAAACUUAUAUUUGAUUGUGUUAAUGAUGCAUUAUUGGAAGUUGUUAGUUGUGAUGAUGGGUCAGAGAAUUACUUCAAGAUGUACUGUGGGACCAACAGAAGGACCUUCCAGUUACAAGAGGGUUCAUGUUUGAUGGACCACAUUGUGGCCUAUAUGAAGGAAUUAAUAGCAAAUGGGAUGAGGUUUGUUUGGGGUGGGGACAGUCACAGCCUGGUUGUAGAAAAUGUUGUUAGGAAAGAGGUUGUGCAUGUUGGGUUGGUCGAGGUAAUGAGAAUGGAGAUUGAAGCUUUGGGAAGGGAAAUAGAAGAAACUAUCAUAGAAGAACUUGUGGAGAAUGUUGUGCUUGAUAUUACAAGCAGAUGAGUUUUUUUUUCACAACACUUUGUACUUAAUAGUGAAUCGCGAAUAACAGUGAUUUGUUUCAAUUCUGCUAUGCGAUAGCGAUACAGCUAUAGUGCAGCUAUUUGACAACACUGGUUUUAUGCUUGUAAUUUCAAAUAACUAAAUAAAUAUUGAUGUAAUGUAACUCUAUUAUUGUUGCAUUUGUUAUGUAUCUACAUGGCCCUAUUCACCUAA